AUGAAAGCGCGAGUACAUGCGGAAGACCUAAGAUUUGAGACAGAGCAACGUCUCUUCUGCAAAGGUUCCGCUCUUGUCAAGCUUGAGAGUCUAAAUUGGGAAGAGCAUAAAACUCGCCAACAUGACCUGAAGAAUGUACUACGACUUAAAAAGAUCUUUGAGAAGGAAGGAUGCCGUUCGCUAAAGGUGGGAAACCACAUACCUGCUAUUGUCGAUCAACAUCAUCUCGACACUGCCAUAGAGAAUGUGAAGCAAAAUAAGACGUGGAAAAUGGGGAUUUUGCCAAGUAGUUACGCCAUGAUCGACUCAGAAAACGGAUACCCAGAGCUUGAGUUUCCAGGCGGAAUUAUCUGUCUCCAUGGAUUACAUAGAAUUCAAGCGGGAAAAGCAUUGCGCCCAGCUGAGAAAUGCUGGAUAGUGGAUCUAUACCUUUCAGGAAUCAGCUACGAGACGAGGGCAAUUCUAGAUGAAGAAUAUUCUAUUGAAGAUAGGCCUUGUGAUGGUCAAAUAUAUCGCAAAAUCUGUAAAUACCAGUAUCUACCCCAGAAGGCUGAUGCCCUAGUCUUACCAGCUACCUCUGUAAGCUUCGAAAUGCAUUGGUGGUCUCGUUUUAAUGAAAGUAGACAGAAGAGACUCCGCGGCCUCUUCCGACACCGCUUGGUUGCUGCUGGAUUUGAUGCUCUUACUAAGAUUCCGGCUCUCUUUGACGCUGGAAUGAAGGUCACUACACUGCAUACAGUGAUGGCAACGAGGUGCUAUGAGGAAAUACAGCAUUACCUUAAUCAUAUUUUCACAGCUUUCGUUGGAUUUUUUAACAGGAUUGAAAAUGGGAUUCAGAGACUAGAUAAGGCCACCAUUAAGGCUAUCGAACGUAAGGCACCUGCAGUAUGA